AUGACAUCCAAUCCAGCCAGCUCUGAAGUGUUGACAAUCGGCAGCCUACUGAACACUAAGUCCACCGCGGUGCGGAGCGCCCUCCCGAACAUGAACACCAUCGACAUGCAGCCUGGACGACAGUCCCAUAGCCUUCAGGACCAGAGACAGCAGCACGACAACACUGCUGUCCAUGUGCCAUGCUUUACGACAGUUAGAAGCAGGGCUAACUUGGAACAAGAUGAGCAGAAGAGACUGGAUACACCCUCCGUUCCUGUACAAACAACUGCAAGUGCUUCGGAAUCGGUGGCAACGGGCACUUUGCCAGUAAUUCCGCCCUUUGGUGAAGCUUGUAAUUUGGUCCGGGCAUCACACUCUUGCCUGGUGGUAGACACUCACAGAAGGCAAUUUGCAAUGUCUCCAGUGUACCUGAAAAAGAAGACAGGAGUCCAGGAACAACUCGGCACGGAGCUGCUGAAAUAUUCAGAAAUUGUCCCAGGAAAACGUGUACCACAGCAAGAAGAAUGCACUGUGGAUGGGGAACCUGAUACCACUGAGGAAACGCCAUGCAAAAAGAAAAAAGACAAGAGAAGCUAUAAAGAGGACUCGGACGUCGGUGUGUGCUGAUGACAUUUUUGCAGACAGCGUGGUGAACAAGGAGGUGGCAGCAGUGUGAAUGGCAGCAUCUCGGAUAUGCCUAAAAAGAAGAAUAAAAGAAGCAGCUGAACGAAGAACCAGAGGCAGCCUUGCAGACUGAAAUUUGUGCUAGUGACAGUAGUGGUUGCUUGAGUGACAAUAAAAGUGCUAAGAAUAAAAGGAAAAUACCUGACGGAGAAGGGGACUUAAUUGAACCUGCUCUAGCACCUAGAUCCAAAAAGAAGACGAGAGAAGGGUUUUACUGUUAAAAAGACGAGAGAAGGGUUUUACUGUUGAGAAGACGAUGGUGCCUCUUUUCAAAUUGUGUUUCUAUUUUGUAUGUAUUAUAGGAGAGCCACUCAGUUCUGCAUUGCAUGAAGUCAAAGAUAAUGUUUAUUCUGUUCAGAUUUGUUUGUAAACUUUUACCUAAUUAGUGCCUAAUCUAAAAAAUGAAUUACAUUUAUAGGAUACAUGAGAUUCAAAGCAGAACCGUUUUCAGGUAAUCAUGUCCUAAUUACUUUUUACUAGAAAUGAGAGGGAACAAAUAAAACAGUUUUUGGAAUGUAAUUGUGUUACCUGCAGUUACUAAAAUAUUGAGCAACAGCUGUAUACGUCCGUAGAGUAUGUUAACAGUUCUGCUGAAAAUGAAAAUGUUAAUUCAUGUCAGUAAUAAAUAUUGCCUCCAAUAUUUGGGGUGUAUAAAUUUGCCUCGGGAUAAUGUAUCCUGUAAUGUCACUGAAUCAUCUAAUUGUGCCGCCGCAGAUCUGUCUGCUGUAUGUUUUAAGCCAGUUGUUCAGUUGCACAUUGAAGGGCCACCCUUUCUAAUGAAAGACGCAGGAGAGUGUGGUAUAUAUUCAGUGCUGAUUCAUGAGAGUGAUAUGCAUGAAAAAUGAGAUGUCUGAAUUCUAAGGUCAGUUAAGGUGAUGAUUAAAGAAUGUAAUCAAGCAAAAUGUGAACAGAGGUUAUUGUAAACAGAUGUGUACAAACAGUCCAAUUUAAUCCCUGAAUAAAAGUGGCAUAAGUGUGUUGUUUGCUUUACAAGUUUUAGUGACUUUUUUUUCCAGUCAUUUUGAGUUUUGGGAUGUUAUCUUAAAAAGAAAAAUAGUGUUGUGUGCUGAUCAAAGAGAUCUAUGCUAUUAAAAACAAUAGCUAUAACCACUUCUAUAAAUAACUUGUAUCUUUACAGCUCAAUUGCUAAUUCUGCCCUGUUGCAAUAGUUCUGUAACAUUUUAAUAUUCAUCUAGUUAAGUAAGUGCAUAUAUAAACUAAAAAUGCAUAAUGUUAUUUAUUGCUAAAAUAAUGCUUUUCUAUUGCGCUGUACCAGGUAAUGACACUGCAUUUCAAAUAUAAGAAAUAAGAAAUCUGCACAUUAGAACAGAAAAAUAAGUAUCAUCAAAAACGAAUGCACAAAUAUGGCUCUUCAAUAUGCAGUAUUAUCAUUAUUUCUUUUUUUUUUUCCUUUUUUGAUAAGUGGAUCAUUUCAGGAAACGUUAGUCCACUUUAAUAAAGUGUUGUCUAGACAUGAAAAGCGUGAUUGAUGAUUGAUAUUGACUUAUGA